AAUGGCAGUGGAGAGCACCGAGUCAGUUGGUGUAGAGACUUCACCAAGCGCACCCGCUCGUGUGUCUAAUGUCGGCACGUUUCAAUCCUCCUGACAGCUCAUUCGACGUGUCGUCCGUACACGCGCGCUACUCGACUACUUUUUCAUCACUUUUUCUUCUAUCUUGAUACGUGAAACGUAACAAUGUCGCGGCGAGACGCCGUGAGGCAGCUCGAUACGUGACACGAUCGGAUUGUUCGUAUAGGAAAUUUCACGUGCGAGCACCGUUGCUUUACUUUUGAUUUUAUAUUUAUCAUUCGAUAGAUUUUUUUUAUGCGUCAGUGUUUCUUCAGUGAUUGUCAACGAACGAGUUUCGAAUGAAAUUUAUUACGGAUUGCUCUUGGAAUUGCCAGUCUUGACGAGGCCUGGGCUUUCCUUUCUUUUCUUGGAUUUAUGUCUUCCUCAUCUGCAAUGAUGUACGAUUAUCCACAUCCAGUCUCGAGAACGUACCAGUACAAAAAGGUAACAAAGCCACUUUUGGAAAGGAAGAGGCGAGCACGGAUAAAUCAUUGUCUCGACCAGCUCAAGGAUCUCAUGGUGGACGCCUUUGAAGCCGAAGGCGAGAACAUCGGCAAAUUGGAGAAGGCGGACAUCCUCGAACUGACGGUGCGUCAUCUGCAGAAGCUGCAGGCGUCGCGGCCCACCGGGUUGUCGACGACGAUCACGGAUGCCGAUAAAGCAUCGGAGGAAAAUCCCUGGCAGUUCGGAUUCGGGCUCUGCGCGACGGAAGCAUGCAGAUUUCUCUCGUCGCUGCCCGGCGAAGUUGCGGAACGGCUGGCCAGCCACCUCACAACUGGCCUUCAAAAAAGCCGACACACGAAUCCAUCGCCGAAAACAGGCAGGCCCACCCUGGCCAACCUCGACCGCAUCGUCAACGUCGUGGCACCUUGUCCCGUCGACACCUUGUGCGAAAUUGACUCGACGAUACUUUCCACGAGCACAUCGCCGAUAAGGUCCACGCCUCAUGCCGAUAAAACCGUCGAUGAGAUCCAUGACGGUGCGGCCGCAACAACCGUUUCCUCCACGCCUCGAUGUCGCGUCUCAACGUCGCUCGUUAACGACAAUGAGAAGUUGACAGCAACUUGCAGCACCAAACCGAAGAAUCUGAGGGCAACGGCCACUACGACGUCAGUAACGACGGCAACGACAAAGACAACGACAACAGCUACGACAACGACGAUGAUGACGAAGAACAAAACAAAUGACUCGCUAGAUAUUAAUGCCGAUGACGACGAAGAAAUCGACGUAGAGCACGUGGAUGAGUGCGAUCCAGUGUGGAGACCAUGGUGAUAUUUGGUGCGAGCGCGUUUCUGUGCUGAUGAGAAGUAAUGUCGAUGAGAUGCAUUUACUUUAUACAAAAAUUGUCUGAGAACUGUCGCAUUAUAUAUGCAUUGUACUGAUACCAAUAGAGAUUGAUAAAGCUUUCCACAUCGAUAUCACUAAGAUUAAUGUUAAUGAUUUUGCGUUAAUUCGACGUUUACUUUGGUACUUGGCUUUAAUUUGAUAGAUGAUAGUUCACCCUUGGGUAAUUCAAAUUAAUUACUUAGAUUUGUGAUAUGAAAGCGAUCUUUUUCAUUGUUCUAGUAGUUUAGACGGUAGAGAGGAGAUACCGGUACUUUUACAAUAUCGUUAUUAUAAAUUGAAUAUAGAAGAGUAUAAAUAUCGCGUACUUUGUUGUAUUGUAAACUCUUCUCACUUAAUAUGUAUAUUUCUUUAUUACAUUAAUUCAAGGAGAGAGCAUUUGAUUAAUUUUAUGCUAUAGUUUAUUUGCAUAGGUAUAUAUUAGAAGAACAUAUCUCGAUAUAAUUAUUUAUGUUGCUUUACUUUUCUUGGCAUUAAGAAAUAUAUACUUUGUGCGUGAUUAAUCUGUGAUAGCGAUAAAAAUAUAUAUAAUAUUUUGUACUAUAUAUAUAGCCCGACGCAUCUUUAAUAAAAUUCUGAAGUUUAA